AGCAGAUGGUCUUCGCCUUGUGCAAAUCCUCUUCCCCAAACACCAUCGUGGGUCCCAGAAACACCUUGAAGCAGAGGGGGAGAGAGAAGGAGGGAGCUGCCGCCAUCAUCAACCUGCAGCUCCUUUACACCCAGGACCUGCCCCCAGCUGGUGCCAUGGAAGGAGAGCACAAUAAUCAACGGAGUGUGUUGAACCUGGUGGCUGUGUUUGAAGAGAACCGGGCCAGCAAAUUUCCCCAGAAGGACAAGCAGGCUCCAUACAGCCAGGCUGCUCCUGAAACCAGCCAGCCCCAGCAGCUUCCAGUGUCCCCCACCAGCCAGGGCCUCUCCCAGAUGGCUACCAGGUACCACGUGGAGCAAGAGAAGAAGGAGGAGGAGCAGCAGGGUCAGCGGGGGCUCAGCUUCAAAUGCCUCCGUUCUUUCCGACACAAGAUCAGUGAGGACAACUGGAGGAGGCAGCGGGACUGCAGCCUCGAGACCGACAGCAAGAUCAGUGAGGACAACUGGAGGAGGCAGCGGGACUGCAGCCUCGAGACCGACAGCAAGGAACCAGAGGAAAAAAAAAUAGCUCUGGAGCUGCUGGAGACAGAGCAGGCUUAUGUCAACCGCCUCCACCUUCUCGACCAGCACAGCUCAGCCACCUAUGCACAAGCCAGGGACUGUUUCCUGGAGGUUUUGGAGAGACUGAAGCUGUACAGAUGA